GAAAGCCUGCUCCGAUUGGUCAAAAUGUUCUUACUCAACUUCCGGGCUGACGAUUUGAACUGUCCUGUGGAUUUUCUUCCUUUUUAAAAACAGAAGCGCUUUUGAAAAGAAAACUAUGAACGAUGAGAUCUGCAAAUCUUUCGAAAGAGUUGCUAAAAAGAUGGGGUGGAUGGAUGAGGGAGGAUUGGACGCAGCAGAAAAGAAGUUGAUGAAUAUGAUUGGCAAGACGCGCCAUUGUGGAACAAGUGGUCUUCAGUCGACAGAUGCGGCGUUGAGUGGGUCUAGCGAUGAAGAGUUUGACAAAUUACUUGAUGAAAAGUUUACACCCCGAGCCAAAACGUCUUCUCAGAAGCCACGCAGCGCAGCAAAAACAGGAAGCUCCAACGUUGUGCUGAGCUCAGAUGAUGAGGAUACUUUUGAGACAUUUCUGCAAAGAGUGAAGACUCCUACAACCAAACUAACGAACACAAAGAUUGAAAGUGAAGAUGGACUCAAAAGCUUCAUUGUGGAUGACUAUUCAUCUGAUGAUGACUUUAUCAAGACAAAAUCAACUUUAAGAGUUCCUAAGAAGAACAAUACUCCAGCAGCCCCACGUCCAUUCAGGAAACCACUGUCUGAGUUUAAUUCACCCAUCUUUGUUAGUGAUAGUGAGGAAGAGAAUGAUGAUAAUGUUGUCAUCAAGAGCACUUGGAAGAUACGUCACUCAAAGCCAAAGCCCCGGCUAAAGGCUAACAACAAUCCUGAAGAGGAUAAGAGUGAUGAAGAGAACUGUCCACCCUCGCCGCAUUUGCCUCCAAGUCCUUUUCCUUUUACUGUUCCUCCCAGCAAAACUCAAACAUCAGUGCCCUUGCCCAAGCGCACCCUUUCUGCACCUUCUAGGCUGGAAGAGUCGACCAGUUCUGAGGAGGAGUUUGCAUCCCUGCUUGAUAGAUUAAAAAAGAAAAACAAUCUCACAUGCGCUUCAUUCUCACCAAAGACCACUAAAGAACCCACCAAGGAGCCUUCUGUCUCAGCCACUCCUGUGAGGGCAUUCAAAACACCAAGCUCUACAUCAGUAAGAGAGAAGCCUCAGCUUGUGAAGACACCAGGGAAAUCCGUCGUUGCAACGCUCACAGUCAGUCAAUCAGAGCCCAGACACUUUCCCACCAGCAGGGUAGUGUUGUGUAAGACUCCUGGCUGCUUCCUGCAGUCACUCACUAACCCAGGCUCCAGCUAUGGGGCAAGUUUUAAGAAGAACAAAGAAGACGUCACGAGCAAACUGUACCAGCUGUACAAUACCAGUGUAUUUGACAAUAAGCUCCCAGUCAACAUGUCAGUGACCUGGAAUAAAAAGAUGCGUAAAACAGCAGGCUACUGUAUUACAGGGCAGGAAAAGAGAGGAGAAAACCGCUACGCUCGCAUUGAACUGUCAGAAAAAGUCUGCGACUCUGCAGAUCGCCUCAGGGACACACUGAUCCACGAGAUGUGUCACGCUGCAACAUGGUUGAUAAACGGUGUGAGGGAUGGGCAUGGAGCUUUCUGGAAGCUGUAUGCUCGUAAGGCCACCCUGGUACACCCUGAGCUGCCCAUGGUCACACGCUGCCACAGUUAUGACAUCAAAUACAAGUUCCAGUAUCAGUGCACCCGAUGCCAGAAUACGAUUGGCCGCCAUUCCAAGUCCCUCGACACACAGAGGUUUGUGUGCGCCCUCUGCACAGGUCAGCUGGUCUUACUGACUCCUUCGAAGGCGCGCACUCCCACACCUUUCGCCAACUUUGUCAAGGAAAAUUAUGGGAAUGUGCGACAGGAGCUUGCAGGGCAGAGCCAUGCAGAAGUAAUGCGGAAACUGAGUGCGGACUUUGCCUCAAAGACCAAACUCAGUUAAAGCUGAGCCAGUAACUUGGUAGGAAAACUGCUUAAAAUCUACCUCUUUCAACUUCUUAUAUUUCUGAGCAGCUCUGAUUUACUUUGGAAAUUAUUUUUGUAUUUUCUGUGUUUGGUCUAUGAUUUUCAUAGACCAAUGAAAUAGUUGCAGUAACUGUGAAAUCUGAGCCUACAGAACACUUGCUGUUACUGCAUUCUUGUUAUGAGUGGAUAUGAUUCUUUUUCUUUAAAUCUGAUGUUUUUCCUUUUUAUAAAAUUUAAAAAUAAAGUUUACUUUUGUAAUGUGA